AUGGAGGGCAAUCCUCGUCUUGAGUCACAAAUCUCUUUAAAUGCUAAAAUUCUCCAUGGGCUCAGCCCACUUGUGGUCAAAAUAUCUCGACCCAAUGCGCUACCUGCAGAAAAACUCUCAGGGCAGAACCUUCCCACCAUUAUUCAAGGGCUUAGCCGAGCAAUAGCUAAGAGCAGCGUCAUGUGGACUCGCGGAUCGACAGCCGUACUUGGCCUCAGCCAAGAAAUAGUUAUGAAAACUGGUUGUGGCAUCGACAUCGGCCACCGAGCAACGAGUUCCCCGACUUCGGCCACCUGGUAUUCAUGGGAUUCUCCAGUCUGGGGAUGGCGAGAUGCAGGGAGACAUGUACUAGUUGCAGAGUUCCCCAUCGAAAGUAUGGCCGAGUCUAACCAAUUUCUUACCACCGACCCAAAACGUGCGGAAACUGGAAGGUUGAAGAUGAUUCGUUCGUUCCUUUCCUCUGACCAUGAACUUGUCAUGACUCACGGUGACCUUCAUCCCCGAAACCUCAUGGUCAUCACUCCUACUAUGUCCCAUUUGGAAUCUUCCGUCUUGGGUUGA